GACAGAUAAAAAGAUGUUUGCAUGGUAUGUAGUGGAGCACCGUCUUUCUGACGCCUUCCCUCAUGUCAGAUUCCACCAUGGUUGAAGUACACCAAUCUGAGUCGCAACCCAACGGUAGUGACAUCGCUAGCCUUUCUCCUCUCACUCAGCUCCAAUUCGUGUCAACCACUGUUCUCCAACAGGCCCUUGAUCUUGUGGAAAAUAUCCUGACUUCCGAUGAGCAGCUUACUGUUCAGUCCAAAUUCCUUCCAGGGUCAACUAUUGCUAAUACACCAAUGGAAAACAAUCUCUCAGACGCUCGAGAGGCCUUCAAGCAAGCUAUCUCACGCAUUGAGGAAGUAGUGCCCGCGAAGAGCCUCGAUCUUCCUCUAACUUUGAACGCUGUAACGCCUUUCAUGCAGACAUUUGAGACAACGUUCGGCCGAGAGCUUUGGUUUGCAGGAUUACAUGCAGUUCAUCACUGGUCCAUGGUUCGGGUUAUCGCUGGAGAGCUUGACAUCAAACUUAACGAUGAUUUUGGUUUUGCCCCGUCCACUCUUGUCUAUAAGGGUAGUGAAGCACUACUGGGAAAGGCAAAGAUUUGAUGUUCGAGUGUGUCGUGUAGCAUACCUCACUACUUGUAGUACCGUCGUACAGUCAUGCCGCAUGCUGCAGCAGCCGUGCUGAAUCCACAAACGUUAAACGUUA